AUGAAGCUGUGUGUGAUCAUCCCACUGUGUGCUCUGUUCACUCUAACGCAACAGGUGCCUCCACAUGAUCGGUGUGAGUGUGAGUUGACUAUCUUGGAAAAGGCAUUCCCACACCACAAACUGAAGACAGUGGAAGACAAUGCAUCCAAAUGUAACAAUAACAUCACCCCAAAGAAGACUCUGGAGCUGGACAGUUUGAUGCUUGGUUUGGAGCGGCGUUUGCCCAAACUGCAGGAAGAUGUGUCAGUUCUGGAGAGGGAGGAUGAUGGUGACCUGUAUGGAGCUCUCAGCCUUCUGGUGAUAGAGAAUGAACUGACGGAGAUCAAGCAGCUCAUCCACAAGCUCAACAUGACCACCCAGGGACACCAGCGCCUCAUCACUGAUGCAAAUGAGCAGCUGAAGGACUUGAUAACAGAGAUGACAGAACUGGAAAAGUAUGACACCAUGCAGGUGGUGAAGAGAAAACAAGCUCAGGAGCAUCUGAAGAAAGGACUUCAACCCACCUCCCAACCCACUCAGCCUCCACAUGGCAUCUGUCCUCAUGGUAGGUUUCUAAACAUUACCGGGCCAAGGAUUUACACAGCAGGAGAGUAUCCAGGUUCCUACCCAUACGGAGCUUGGGGUCGUGAUCCCAAGCCAGAGGUAGGAAAGGAGAACUGGUACUGGCUGGUAAUGUUGACCUCCAGCAACAAAUACGCCAACUAUGUCCGUCUCUAUUCCAGCCUGAGCUCUCUGAUUGUUGGAGUGAGUGGCCCAGGUAAUGUGGAGAUCCACUCCUCUAACCCAACCACCAACACCAUCCAGGGACCAAAUGUUGUGCUGUAUGGAGGGGCCUUGUACUAUAACUGUUACAACAAAUAUGCUGUCUGUCGAUUCAACCUCACCACCAAAACUGUUACCACCAUGCAGUUACCCGAAGGCACCAGAUUUAAUUCUAAGGGGAACUUCUGCAAUCUUGAUGAAUGCUAUCCAUUUACUGACCUAGACCUGGCAACAGAUGAGUCUGGCGUUUGGGUGAUCUACACCACGUCCCAGGACUUUGGCAACCUGGUUCUAUCUAAGGUAGAAGAAGGUGAACCACACACGCUCAACAAAACCUGGCACACCUCGGUCUUCAAGCAGGGAGUGAGCAACACGUUCAUGGCUUGUGGCGUGCUCUAUGCCACACGCCACGUCAGCAAAGAAGUGGAGGAGAUCUUCUACUCGUUUGACACAUCGACAGGGGUGGAGAAGUUCAACAUUGGCAUCUUCAUCAAGAAGAUGUCUCCCAACAUUUACUCCCUGAACUACAGCCCUGUGGACCAGAUGCUGCAUGCCUACUGUAACUCCUUCAUGGUCUCCUAUAAAGUUUUGUUUGGUUAAAUGGAGAUCAUGAACAUCAA